GGGCAAAAAGUGUAUAGAGUGCAAUUACGCCCUCUGCACUAGCACAGCUAAAUUUCCAUGGUAGCAGCCCCUGCACCCAGCCCUGGAACCCUGUGCCAGCAGGCAACACCUUGGGGCAGAUUUACUAAUCCACGAAUCCGAAUCCCGAAAAAGGGAAAAAAUCGUAUUGGAAACGAAAAUUUUGCAACUUUUUCUAAACUAGAGCAAAAGAACUCUGCUGACCAGGCCCCUCCCUGCAACUCCAGGGCGCCCUGAGUGUAUCAGUCAGGGGACACAGCACAGCAGUCUCACAACUCAGUCCUACUAUGGGAGUGCAAAGGAGCACUAUUGGCCCCUCCCUGAAACGCUCUGCUUUUUUACUCUAUGUGACUGGUUAGACAGCCGCCACAGGCACAGGAACACUGGAGCAAAGACGACGUGCCCUACCAGUCGGCUGUACAGAGCCCGCAGUGUGCAAGGGCUCUCACAGAGCUGCUGGAAGGACUGCCUGCUACAAGAUUGCCAGUGCACCAUAGAGUGCCCGAAUUGGCAUUUCCAAACCAAUAAUGGAAUUCUGCUGCCCAACUACCUCCAACAGGCCAAAGCACGGAUCUACCCUGAUCUUAUUUGUCUUCUGGAUCUAAAGGCAGAGGUUUGCAGCAUUAAACACACUGAUCAUCAUGGGUUCAUUAAUAGGAUACCAAACUGCCCUCUGUCUAUGUGCCCGACCACUCCUGCACCGGCAAACACCACCGCUGUUGACCGUAACGCCACCACUGUUGACCGUAACGCCACCACAGCUGACCGUAACACCACCGCUUAUCAGAAGGCCACACCCUGCAAAGAGUUGACCACAAGACUUAUAGUAAUUGUAAUAUGUGUUAUUGUCGUUGCUGCAGGGAUUGCAGGAGUGAUUUGGAAAACUAAAAAAAGCAAAACAUCACAGCAUGUCAAUUCCAUCUUAUGAGAAACCUGUUCUACAAGUUCAGUGUAAUGUUGGAAGUUGAAUAGAAGGAAUACAAUUCUUCAUAGUCGGAGGGACCAGUGAUUCCAGCGCUGAACUGCCAAACUGAGGAUUCUGAAUGAAGCAGCAUCUGCUGUGAAUAAUAGAAACGUGGAUACAAAGUCACGGUUGGGAAUUCACGCUCUUUUGUACUGUGAUAAUGCUGCUUUAAAGGACAAAGAAUCUGAUCCUUCUGUACUCGGGGACCCAUUAAGUGAAAUACUGAACUAUACUACUACUGGUUUAAUGUCUCACAUAGGUGCGCUGUAUAUAAUGUGCACAUUUUUCGCUUAUGGUUUUUUUGUAUAUCUUACUGUAACUGAUCAGCCCUGUGGCCUUGGAUUCUAAGCUUUAAAAGCAGAAUGUUUGUUCCUUAGUUUAGUGGCUACAGUUACCCAUACAAGCCCAGAUCUGGGCAGUUUGGCUGUUCUGAUACAGUCUGAUGGUCUGGACGUGUGUGUCAGUUUUGAGAGACCUUGUUAAGUAGCAGUGUUAGCCUGCCAGAUUCCAUGAAGGUGAGCCACUGUGGCAUUUCAGGCAUAACUAAACACUAUCUACAGUAUAUGUAGAAACUUCUACAGUGUCCCUCCUUUAAAAUAUCAGGGUGAACGUUUCAUUUAUGUUUUUGCUGCCUGUGUCUGUUUUAAAAAUUCUGUAGGAAUGAAUUGUGUAAACCGAGAAUCUGUAAAUCCCUGCAGCACAUCUGUCCAGCAAUGAUCGCCUCUUUGUAAUUCUGUCCAUCAAGAAUGAACUUACACAGAUAUUGUCGGGUAUAAAAAGGCAGUGGUCAACUACUCGGUUGGAUUUGGUGUAAUGUGACUUUGGUGCGGCCUCUGUGAGUGCCUUUAGUUUUAAAAAGAGCAAAAUGCCAAAGAUGGAAUUAGAAGCAUUAGGCCAUACAUGUGCAGAUCUGCUCCUUUGGUGAUGCCAUCAAAUCUUCCAUGGAUAUGCCCACCUUGCCAUUGGUAUUAUUGGGCAGAUCAGUUAGUUGGGCUUGUUUAUGUAACUAUUGCCCUCGGAUGUGGUCCUCCAUUCAAUGUGUAUAAGUAAACUUGCCCUUAUCGGUCAGCUUGGCCUGUGUAAGUGCCACCUUACCGCUUCUAUGAACCCCUUUGCACCUUGUAUCACUGUGCCAAACCAGUAUCCCUGUUUUUACUAUGGCCUACUGUAGAAUUUUAUACCAAAUUCUUUUUAAAUACGUGAAAAGUUGACUGUCCAUCUUUUAUGAAAAUAUGCAUUUUUAAAAAAUGUUUUCACAUUAAAUGUAAUAAAAACUUUUCAAAAAUUGCCUCAUCCGUGGCGUUUUUCUUUACCUCUGCCUACUGUCCCUGCUGCUAAACACAGGGAAAAAGUGCAGCUCAGGGGAUAUAAGCUGCUCCGUAAACUGAUAUAAUCCGGAGGCACAGGCCUAGGGAAUCUGUAAAUAUGUUUAUAUGAAGCGGUUUGUUGGUCAGCAUGCAGCGCUCCCUUAGAGACAUCCGCAGGGGAAGGUACCAGCCUGCUGGAAUGUGACGAUUGCCCCAUGUGCUGCCCCUGUGGGACAAAGCAGACGGCAGUGGAGAGGCAGGAACUGAACAGCAGAAUGUUGUCUGAUCUAUAAAGGCAAAAUUGCAACUAUAUGAGGUUGAAGAAAAUAACACUGAUUUUUAACCCAGAGUGGGACAGGGCAAAAGCACCACCGAUUGGACCAGCGAUCUUUCUCCAGUUUUAAAGAAAUGCCUAUUGGAAUGUAUAGCCCCCCAGUACUGUAACGCUGCUUACUGCACAUUGGCAGAUAUGCAAUAGUCUCCAUUUACAACAGGCAGGAGGGCUGCUAUGUAUCAGUGGGUACAUGUGCCAAUACAGAGAUGCAGGGUGCUGCACUGCUAUUAACCCUUUUGUGUCCCUCUUAAUAUAACCUGGGUGCCAUUUGAUAUGUAACACUUCUGGCUUGGGCAGCAGAGGGGCGCUUUUUAAAGCUCUUGCCUCUUGGAGAAGAACCUGAGGGGGGGGGGGGUGGUUAAUGUUGUCUUUACACCAGGAAAAGACAAACCCACAGACUUCCAGUGACGUAAGCGGGACGGGGCGUGGCUGGGGCGGCUCUAUAAGUAUACCCGCAAUUCUCUAGCCGGCAUUAAUAAGUUGGAAAUCUCUGCUUGGGCAUUUUCCCAGUUAUACAAAAUAUCAUCUCCGGCGAAAAUGUACUUGCGUUUCGAGUCAGAGGCGUAAAUUGUAUUUAACCGGGCUGUGACAUUACGGAAGUGGGAGGAGUCAGCUCUAGUCACUGUGCCACAGUCCGGACUGUGAGGGCUGCGGGGCAGCAUGUGGGCCGGGAGAGGGCGGGUUGUGCUGCUGGGCACAUUGGUUACAGUUUACUUCAACUUGCCAAAUACCUGCGGCCAACCUGAUAUUCCAGAACCCAUAGGAUCCAAGAUUCUUCAGCUGCCCGUGUCUGUGGGACAGAACAUUGUGAUAUGGGGAAAAGUACCUGUGUCUGGGAUGUUUUAUAUACAGUCUCCAAAAGGAUUGCUCUUCGAUUGCGUUGAUGGAAAACUUAAAAAUAACUGUCCUAAAUGCAUCUAUGAAAAUUCAUCUGUAAUUCUAAAGAACAUACAGCCCGAUGACUCUGGGUUAUACUACAUUAAGGACAGCUUCACCGGUGCCACUUGGAUUAAUAUCUCUGUAACUGCUGUUACGGAGCUCACAACCCCUUCUGCACCUCCACAGGCCUUCAGUGUCGGCAAUGGAACUUCACUUGAUCAGCCAAUGGCAGCCAAAGGACGCUCACGUUAUGGAUUUGCUGUUAUUGGUGCCGGUAUUAUUGUUGCAGUUAUUGUCUGUUGGAAGUGGCAGAAUAUCAGAAGGGUGGUGUUCCCAACUGUCAGCCGGGGCCAAUCCUGUGCGUUCCAUGAGAUAUGGGAAGUGCAAUGGAAGGGAGAAUGGGGAAGGAGGAACAAGCCUUUUGAACCAGAACAACCUCACAAUGUCUAACCACAAGGACGAGGGCACAGAUUUUCAUUCAGGGAAUGAAGGUGACAUUGUCAUAACCGUGCCGAAUGGUGAAACCAGGAAUCCUAAUGGGACCGACACCGACCCUGCCUGAUUCCUGGGCCGGAGCAGAAUGUGGCUACACGGUCACUGUUACAUACAUAGGGCUGCCCAUACAAGCAGUUUGCCCAACAGUAUGGGCAUGUCAUCUAUGUUACUAUGGAUUGCUAUUUACUAGCCAUUGGUUACCUGGGUCACUGGGUGGUGGCCCUGCCAACUAGUAAAAGCCCCUCCCAUGCAUGGUCAUGGCCUGAUCCCAAAUGGCAACUACCUAAUUAUCCCAACUCCCCAUUAUUUUCUUAAACCCUGCCCCUUUCAUGAACUACAAAUUUAACCAUUUAUGAGGAAGGGGCCUAAUUUCCCUGUACCCCAGCCCAAUUUUUGCCAACAUAUUACACAGUGCGGUACAUAAGGGUAAAUAUAUAUUGACAAACUACUAUAUUAGAUGAUAUGGGUCAUUUCUGCAAGGGUUCAUAAUCUAUAGGGAAGGGAAAAAGUGUUACACAAGGUAUUAAACCUGUAGCUGUGGGAGAAGUUUAUAUUGGAGAGCUGUUAGAGGUUGAGGUGAGUGAGUCUCCAUUUUUGAUUGUAGAGGAUCAGCGAGUGAGUGGCAGGCCAAUAAGCCAAUAAGGAGGAGAGUACAAUUAUCUAGGGGGUAGAUAAUAUGAGAUUAUUAUUAGAGGACUAUUAUUUCUGUUUCCUGACUGAGAGAGGACCAUAUUCUUGCAGUAAUUUAGGAUGAAGUUGCCAAGAAGAUUGAGUAAGGGAUGAAGAAAAGGGCAGAAUCAGGUAUGAACCCAAUGCAGCCUUAUAACCAGGUACAGUGUCAGUCGGCCCUCUGGCCUGUGUAUGGGCUUGUGGGCUAAUCAGAGUGGCUAGCCGGCUUAUCAGAGGCCCCAGGGAGUGAGGGAUAAGCGCCAAACCCAUACUGAGUUCCUUCUAUAGAUCCCAGAAAUCCCCGUGCCGUUUGUGUUCCCUGCACUCGGGAUCCGGUUUGGUUCAUGCACUUUCCCUUUAUUCCUUCCUGUGGGAAUUCCCUGUGUGCCGUUCCCUUCUGUGUCUGUUGCUUUGGGUUCCUUUCCAUUUGCACCAGUGUGUGGGUACUUAUGUUAUUUAUUUUACCCUAGGUUACUGGUUUGUCCCAUAUUCGCCUUUAUGUGUGACAAACGCAGAUAGAUUUAUUGUUAACACCUAGAAUAAAUGUGCUGCUUCUAUUUUUGAUUAAAUUUUAUCUGUAUUUUAUUGCACUUUAGCAGCAAAGUAGGGAAUUUACACUGACGAAUGUCUAAUUCUGAGCCAAAAGAAACAACAAAUGUUACUUGAUAUUUGUAAUUAAAGCUUGUGAUAUAUAUUACUGGAAAAAUAUUCUUCUAUUAAAAGAUAAAUUAAAAAUGGAUAUAAGUUGCUUGUCUGCUGGUUUUUCCUUUUCCAUCUGCCUAAUGUCCCUGCUGCCCAAAUAGCACCUUAGUGGCUUUAAAGGGGUAGGUUCACCUUU